GGGCACCUCUUUUUGGCACCACAUUGCUGCUACUCUCUCUCCCCUUCUCUUCUCCGGUUCUCCCUCUCCUCCUCCCACCUCAGCCGCCGCUUACCGGCGGCGCCGCCUGCUAAUCUGCCGGCGUGAGCACCGGCGGAGAUGUGUUACUGCUACCCAACCUAUAACGCAGCUCUCCCGCGCAGUGCCUCUGUCUCUAGCUAGGGUUUUCCUCUUGGGGGAGACGACCUACUAUGGUAAGGUGGGGAGCUGAAGCCGGCGACCUGGUGCUGUCCGGAGGAAGCUGGAGCUCGUCGCCGUCGGAUGGACGCCGAUGAGGCCGCGGGGAGUAGCAGGAGGAUGGAUCUGAACCUCUACCUUGGCCUCCCACGCGCCCCGCGCCCGCGCCGCUCCGACCUCGGCUCCGACCUCGCCCUCAGCACCCCGAUGCCCUCCUCCCCGUCCUCCUCCGCAGCCUCCGUCGACGCGCCGCCGCCACCGCCCGAGCUGUCGCAUCCCCCGUACUCCCCCUCUCACGCCGACCUUUCCCCUCCGCUGCAGGAGGUCUACUCCCUGUACAACCCCGACGACCCGCCUGCUUCCGAGACGCACCUGCCGCCGUAUGCGCCGCCUCCGGCUCCGGUGGUCUCGGAGCUCCCUGACGACCUCGAGUUUGGCCUCCACCCCCCGCCGCCGCUGGUGCGUGCCAGCGAACUGCUAGGUUGGGAGGACCGGCCGUCUUCGUCGACGGCAUCGUCCUCUUUCCUCCCUGACACCGCAGCCCGUUACUGGCGGCUUCUCGAGCAGACUGGAAGCAGAUGGCUCCGUGCGAGGCGGUUUAGGUCGGACCUUCCGCCACUCAGUUCUGAAGCUUACCCAGCUGGGCGUGAUGCUGCCGCAGUCCCAGUGCUGCAGCAUGAACCGAUGAAUGAUACUGUUGAACAUAAUAAGGUAGCUGCCGAUGGCGCGGAAGUAGGCGCCUCCGAGGAAUCGGAGGAGCAGGGCAGGAGCGCUGCCACAUUUGAGUGUAAUAUAUGCUUCGAUAUGGCCAGCGAGCCGGUGGUCACCUCUUGUGGCCAUCUCUUCUGCUGGCCUUGCUUGUACCAAUGGCUCAAUGUUUAUUCCAAUCACAAGGAAUGCCCAGUCUGCAAAGGCGAGGUGACUGAGGCGAAUAUUACUCCGAUCUAUGGGAGAGGGAAUUCAUGUUUGGAUGCCGAGAAGGCUGUGGAAGGUGGGAAACAAACAGGUCCUACUAUCCCACCAAGACCACAUGGAAAUCGGCUCGAAAGCUUCAGGCAGCAGUUUCACCAUUUGCGACCGAUCUCAAGAAGGCUUGGUGAGGCUCAUGGGUUAUUGUCAUCAUGGAGGCGCCUUCUGGACCAACAGAUUAUGAAUACUGCGAGUAGGUUUGAAGGUCCGCCUGAAUCAGCUGUGCAGGAAAUGGUUGACACUGCUCACGCUCAGCACACCAGUCGCCUAAGUAGAUUGGCGUCAAGGAUGAGAGCAAGACGGUUGCUGAGAGAAGCAGACAACCCUAACCCUCCCGAUGGCGGAUCCACUUCCCCUGACAGUGGUUUGAUCAGAAACAAUGCAUCGGAUCCAUCCAGAAAUGGUCCGAGCUCAUUAUUACCAGAUGGAAUUGACUGGUUGCGUGGACUUACCCUUCUUGGGUAUGAAGACACGGAAAGAUUUGCAUCUGCCAUGAGUGAUUUUAGAAGGAUAACUGGACCAAGCCAAUAUGGUGCAUCGGCUUCAUCAUCGAAUCCUCCAAAUCUCGAGUCAACAUUUGACAGAACUCAUGUUGUUGCAGCACCUUCUGCAGACCAAGCAUCUAACUCAAGCACUGCUGCAGUGAUACAGGGGGAUGCUGGUAUCUCUGAGAGUGCAGGAGAACCAAGUAACGCGGGGUCAUCAAGAUCCCUGAGGAGGAGAGGGAGGAGCAGUGCCCUGGGUUCUUUGGAUGCUGAUGGCGGGGGCCUCCAACGGAACAAGAGGCGAAGGAUAAACUGAACAUUCUGUGUUGUGGUGUUGAUCUAAACUCUGCAUGCCAUGCUCGCUGAUUUUCAACUAUUGCAUUUCAUUUCUUCGGGUGAUGUCUCCUGUGUUGUAGUGUAACAUUUUUUCUUCUCUUUUCAUUUUCCCCCGUAGGUUGCACUGAAAUGUUUAUCUGUUUAGUUCUCAUGUAGCCUGUACCUGUUUAAUUUAUGGAAAGUUAUUGAUCAAGACAUUUUUGCAUUCGAAAGGUAAUGAAUGGUUCAACUGCAUUUCCAUGACAAUAAAUUGGAUGCUGAAAUGUGCAUCCAACACAAUGGUAUUCUUGUGCAUCAAAUAAUAGGCAUAAACAUUGUGUUUUUAUUUGUGUCAAUAAGCUCCUUCAGACAUAUAGAAAACUAACAGGUCAAUAAUGUAGUAUAUUGAAGUUGGAAGGAAUACCCAGAGAAUGGAUCCAUGGACACAAUUGUCUUUUGUUGCUUGGGAGAAGACAAGGUAAACUUUGCCAUCGCCGUGAAUUUUAUGAUCCAUGGAAGCUGUUUCAUUGAGCAGUGGUGGGUGUAACUGUGAUAACCUUUAUAUUACUUGCUUGCUUUUAAGGAAUAGCACACUUUUUGUGGGGAUGGGAUUACUCCCCUUUUUGGAACUACAUAUUGAGGAACGGAUUUAACAUAGAAAGAGCUUAAUACAUUUAAGUACUGAUUGUGUGCAUAGAAAGGGGUUUAUUAUUUGGAACAAAAUUGCUUAGCUCGUAGUAAUAAGGAAGUUCAUAGUAUUGAACUUUAUAUGACAUGUGAGUUAUAUAUAUCAUGUUUGUCUUUGGUCACUUCUAUUUUAUGACCAUGUAACAUUUAUUUCAUGUGGAACUUGGCAGAAGAGAAUUUGAAGAGAUUUCUUCUGAUUGAUUUCCAUUUCGGACAAAAUACAAAGCUCCCAGACCAGCUGUCACAAAGAGGUCUGGUUGAUUUUCCAGAUUUGUAUGCCUGUCUCUAGCCGAGAGUAACAGGUAUUUUUCUGCAUCUAUGACUGGCAUGGAUAGUAGAUUGGCAUAUGGAAACAAACUCGGAAGGGUUUGGGUGGUGCUUAGGUGCUCUUGGCAGGGAAGGGAGACAACUCUGUGUUUUUGGGUUUUCAGUACAUCUAUCCUACAUAUCUUCCAAAAGCUCACACAUAAGCCAGUUAAUUGUUUUUUUUUUUGGCUUGCAGAAUUACCUCAAUAACUUCCAUGUAAAUAUUUUACUCUUUUGCAGUAUUACAUGAACAGAUUCAAUGCUAUUUUUCUGCAGAACUGCCCCAAGAUGUAAAAUGAAAAUGCAUUGAGUCUGUUCAAUUAGAAAACACAAGAUCACUGUGUAUACUGUUCAAAGAAUGUGCUAAACAUAUUAUAGAACCAAACACAGUUCAUCUCAACAUUGUUGCUUUUUGUCUUAGUUGUCACAACUAUUUAAACGGAUGAAACAGUGGAAUCUCUAAGCAAAGCUGUGAAGAGCUUCAGGGCUACCUCCUGGCGCGAAAUGAAGGUGCUAUUGCAAGCUGCUGCAGCUCUACUGGGUGAACAAUUACUCACAUGUCACCAGAACUCUAGCAAUGAAGCAGCAUAUUGGAACCUGAAAAGAUUUGGAUCUCACCAAUGUGGACAACGAGGCUCAUGAGUUAUGACUGCUAUGAUGAUGAUGAUGAAGAUCUGCUUCAGCAAGCUCAUGUUAUGGAUGUACUACUUUAGUAUGCUUUGCUUUGUUGAUUGGGAGCUGCAUCAGAUCCUGUUUGACUGCUCAAUCAAUUGCACCAUCUUACUCUCACCUACUGUUGGAUGAGGGUGGGGCUUUGCUGUAUGCUCAAUGUUCUUGAACUCUUGCAUAUGACAGUAAUGAUGUUCCGUCCUUAAGAAAUUGUACUUAUGUAGUGCAGCAGUUGAUCAUCCAGGAUUUAACCCAAGUUCUAGGUGAUACAAUAUAGGUUGUACAUGACCUAAUAAAUUUCUAAAUAGAAGGUAAAUCCAUGUUGAUUUUCA